AGGUAGUAGUGGUUCCUCGCGUGGCGCCUUUUUUUAUUUUUAUGUGUUGGUGCCCCCCCCCAGAAUGCGGGCGCGGGCCUGGUGUCUUCAGUAGUCAUGCGCCCCUCCCGGAUGAUUUUUCGAACCCGGGUGUCUGGUUGCCGUGUGUACCUGAUGAUGAUGCCAACGUGGUCGUGGGUUCCUGUGGAAUAGUCCGUGUGUUCUUCUACACAUACACAGCAUCUUUCACUCACUCGCCCGAGAAGAAGCGGAUUUUUGAUAUGUAUCUCUAUCUGCUCCGGAAACCCGCUCAGAGUUGUUCUGUUGGUGGUUGCGGUUCAGUGGGACAUCAUCCUUGUUGGUGUGCACAACAGAGUUGAUGUUUCGUCCAGCAGUUCGUACUACGGAAUCCAUCUCUGUUUUUCCCGCUGAAAGGGUUUUCUGUGAUUGCGUCAUCCAUUGUUGAGCGGAGAUUUGGUGCAUCUAUCCACUGCUGAGGGCUCGUCCUUGGGGCGGAAAAAAAGAACCAGGGGUCCUUUGUGGUCAACUUUCUGCGCCUGCUCAGCUCACCUCCACUUCAUUUGCAAAAUUGUUGGGAUUCAAGCACUUUUCAAGUUGAUUUACCCGUGUUUGAGUGGAAGAGUUCCGUUAUGGACAAAGGUGCCAUUCUUGCCGUUCGGGCUUCGAAUCUGGGGCCUGCGUGCCAAAUUUUCUUCAGCCAUGACCCGCUCAAUAUCGUGGCUCGCUUCCUGUGGAUAAUUCCUGAUUUUUUUAAAAUUAAAGUUGGACAUUCGCACCCGAGAAUCGCUCAGGCGGCCUUCAACCAGCUCAUGAACCUGAACACGAAUUCCCGGUAUUUGUAUGAGCCGAUGGCGAUGUACCUGCAGAAACUGUGCUCGAUUUUGCCCGAGUCUUUGUCCACUGUUUACUUUGCCAAUUCCGGGUCCGAGGCCACGGAUUUGGCGCUUCGAUUGGCUAGAACUCAUUCGGGGAGCCAGGAAACUAUUACCCUUGAACAGCCUGCGUGCCAAAUUUUCUUCAGCCAUGACCCGCUCAAUAUCGUGCGAGCGAAGGACCACUAUAUGUACACGUGCGACGGUAAACGGUACAUCGAUUGCAUCAACAAUGUGUGUCACGUUGGACAUUCGCACCCGAGAAUCGCUCAGGCGGCCUUCAACCAGCUCAUGAACCUGAACACGAAUUCCCGGUAUUUGUAUGAGCCGAUGGCGAUGUACCUGCAGAAACUGUGCUCGAUUUUGCCCGAGUCUUUGUCCACUGUUUACUUUGCCAAUUCUGGGUCCGAGGCCACGGAUUUGGCGCUUCGAUUGGCUAGAACUCAUUCGGGGAGCCAGGAAACUAUUACCCUUGAACAUGCGUAUCACGGACACGUGAUGAGUGCUUGGGAAAUCAGUCCUUACAAGUGGAAACAGAACUUGUUGUACCUGGUCUUCGGCUCAAAGCAGGUGCACCAGGGCACAGGGCUGCACAUGGCUCCGUUUGUAGCCCGAAUGCUGCUGCUCAGAGCUGUUCUCCGGUUCCUGCGGAUGCACCUGCUUCAAAGAAAAGUGUGCGAGAGUUUGAGAGACAGAGGACGAAAGGCCGGGGUUUUCAUUGCGGAAAGUCUGCAGAGUUGCGGCGGGCAAAUCGUUUAUCCCCAGGGAUAUCUCCAAGGAAAGCCGAGUUUCGUCCACGUGGUCCCGUGUCCCGACGUGUACCGAGGCAAACAUCGGGCUUACGACGACGAGUCUCGACAAGAGGCCAAGGACGCCUACGUGGACGAAGUGAGAAAAGUGUGCGAGAGUUUGAGAGACAGAGGGCGAAAGGCCGGGGUUUUCAUUGCGGAAAGUCUGCAGAGUUGCGGCGGGCAAAUCGUUUAUCCCCAGGGAUAUCUCCAAGGAGUUUAUGAGACUGUAAGAGAGUUCGGAGGCGUGUGCAUAGCGGACGAGGUUCAAGUUGGGUUCGGAAGGAUGGGCAAACAUUGGUGGGGGUUCGAGAAUGCUGGGGUCGUUCCGGAUAUCGUGACGGUGGGAAAACCCAUGGGGAACGGAUUCCCGAUCGCUGCUGUGAUCACAACCAAGGAAAUUGCUGCUUCAUNCUUUGUCAGUCUUCUUUGGGAGACUGUAAGAGAGUUCGGAGGAGUGUGUAUAGCGGACGAGGUUCAAGUUGGGUUCGGAAGAAUGGGCAAACAUUGGUGGGGGUUCGAGAAUGCUGGGGUCGUUCCGGAUAUCGUGACGGUGGGAAAACCCAUGGGGAACGGAUUCCCGAUCGCUGCUGUGAUCACAACCAAGGAAAUUGCUGCUUCAUUCGCCUCCACUGGAAUUGAAUUCUUCAACACUUACGGAGGGAACCCUGUGUCUUGUAUGGUGGGACUGGAAGUUUUGAAAAUCAUUGACGAAGAGAAGCUGCGGGAAAAUGCUGCCACAGUCGGAGGCUAUUUGAUGAAACGAGCGACGGAAAUCCAGCAGAAGCACACGCACAUAAUCGGCGACGUUCGGGGUGUCGGUCUUUUUGUCGGCAUUGACUUGGUCAAGGACCCCGUGACCCGGGAACCCUUGGAAAGGAAAAGAUGCGAGGAGAUUCUGAACGAGAUGCGAGAUCGUGGCAUUUUGCUGAGUCUGGACGGACCUUACGCCAAUGUGCUAAAAUUCAAGCCACCAAUGACGUUUGGAAUGUCUGACGUGGACGAAGUUAUGGCCAAUUUGGAGGAAAUUUUGUCCGCUCCCGGAAGAGCCAGUAAUGAUGCUUGA